AUGAAUGUGAGCAAGAUGGUAGGGACUGGAAUCUUCUCUACUCCCUCGUCUGUCUUUGAAGGAGCCGGCUCUAUCGGCCUUGGUCUGUUCUACUGGGUGAUAGGGUUCGCAGUCGCAUCGAGCAUGCUCUCCGUAUACCUCGAAUUCGCGUCAUAUUUUCCAAGUCGGUCUGGAUCAGAAGCUGUGUACUUGGAACAGGCGUACCCGCGGCCCAGGUACUUCUUUCCUACGGUCUUUGCCGUGCAGACUGUGGUUUUCUCCUUCAGCAGUAGUAAUGCUAUCGUCUUGGCCAAUUAUCUUUUCCAAUUGGGAGAGUCGGAACCCACAGCCUGGCAAUCUAAGGGCGUUGCUCUUGCGUCGUAUACUGUGGCAGUCCUCGCCGUCUCCUUCAAUACAAAAUGGUCUCUGCACCUCUCCAAUGCAAUUGGGUGGAUUAAGCUUAUUACAUUGAUCUUCAUUGCAAUUUCUGGACUCGUGGUGCUUGGCGGCAACGUUUCGUCUAUUGAUGACCCAACAGCGCAUUUUCGAAACGCUUUUGAAGGGACAUCGGAUGCUACAGUGUAUGGAGCCACCAACUCACUCAUCAACGUGAUGUUUUCCUAUCAGGGUUAUGAGAAUGCCUUCAACCUAGUAAAUGAGGUCAAAAACCCUAUCAAGACACUCAAGUGGAGUGGUCCUGCAUCACUCAUUACCACGGGUAUCCUCUACAUGCUUGCAAAUAUCGCCUACGUUGCUUCUGCGAGCAAGCAGGAGAUUGUCGAGUCUGACGUCAAUGUUGCGAGUCUCUUCUUCCUGAAGGUCUUCGGCGGUGGUGGCGCAUCUCGCGCACUUAACUUCCUGAUCUGUGUCAGUGCAUUUGGUAACUUGCUUGUUGUUCUCAUUGGACAGUCUCGAAUGCUUCGCGAGUGUGGCAGACAAGGAGUACUUCCAUUUACGAGGUUCUGGACAUCCACUCGUCCCUUCGGAACCCCGCUGGGGCCGUACUGGUUAAAGUGGGCUCUAACGGCUCUCAUGAUCCUGGCUCCUCCGGCCGGCGAUGCCUUCAAUUUUGUCGUCGAUCUAGGAGUAUAUCCGCAAAGCAUGUUCAACUUUUUCCUUGCUGUUGGGUUGUUAUUCACCCGCAGACAUAGAAAGCGCCUCAAUAUUCCUCGAACGGAGUGGCAUGCCUGGACUAUUGUUGUUUACUUCGCAAUCCUGGCCAACCUUUACCUGCUUGUCGCGCCGUGGUACCCGCCGUCAACUGGUGCAACCGGAGGCGACGUGAGCUUCUGGUAUGGAACAUAUGUCGUCGUUGGGAUCUCACUAAUUGGCUUUUGCGGUUUGUAUUACUUUGUAUAUAUGAAGGUUCUACCGCACUUUGGUGGCUAUGAGUUCCGUCAGACGAUCAUUUCAGGACCUUCAGGAGAGGCAUCUCAUAAAAUGGUUAAAGUGCCUAAUGAUGAGCUUGCAAAAUGGGAUGAGGAGCAUGAUGCUGCUGGACGGCUUCGUCGACGGGCGAAUGCUAGUAAAUCUGACCAGGCUGGAGAUGCUUGA